AUGGCAGCGACAGCAGAAAACACCGUCAAAAAGGUCGCCGUCGUAGGAACUGGGGUGAUCGGAUCGUCUUGGACAACGCUCUUCCUCGCCAAAGGCUACAAAGUCAUCGUCUCAGAUCCAGCUCCCGGCGCAGCCGAGAAGUUGUCGACAUACAUCGAAAGCGAAUGGCCAAGGAUAGAACAAAUCGGUCUAGCUGAAGGCGCAAGUCCGAGCAAUUAUGAGUUCGUCGAAGACAUCACCCAACAUCUCCAUGAUGUGGAUUUCGUGCAAGAGAACGCCCCCGAACGUCCCGACUUCAAGACCAAGCUCAUCGCCAACCUGGACGCACAUCUCCCCAAGCACGCGGUGAUAGCAUCCUCAUCAUCAGGCAUCCCAUCCUCCCAAUUCAUCGGAGAAUGCCAAGUGGAUCCCAGCCGCGUGCUGAUAGGUCAUCCGUUCAACCCUCCGCAUCUCAUCCCCUUGGUGGAGAUCGUCCCGCACCCAGGAACCUCUGGGGCGGCAGUGCGGCAGGCGGUGGCGUUCUAUGAGGCGCUUGGAAAGUCACCUGUGUUGCUGAAGAAGGAAGCGCCGGGGUUCUUGGCGAAUCGACUACAGGCGGCGUUGCUUGCGGAGGCGUAUAGCCUUGUCAGUCGGGGGAUCGCUUCGCCAGAGGAUGUUGACACUGCUGUGACUACUGGACCUGGAUUGAGGUGGGCGUUGGUGGGGCCUUACAUGACGAAUGUACUUGGCGGUGGCGGAGGGAACGAUGGGUUCUAUCAUUUUGUAAAGCAUCUUGGUCCAGCGGUGCGUGGCUGGAAGGAGGACAUGGAUGCAAACAAGUUCUCGUUUGAGCAGGAUGAGACGAAGAGGUUGCAGGAGCAAGUCACGCCGUGGGUUGAGACGAAGGAGCCUGAGAGGGUCAGGCAAGAGAUGGGCGAUGCGUUGAUAGAGUUGCUGCAGACCAAGUCGACCAAGUCGUCGCUUGUGUAG